AUGCCUCGUCCACCGCGAACCAAAGUCGCGUCGCGUGUCGCAAAGCCCCCCGCGCGCAAGCAGCAAGCGAAACCCACCCCAGCGCAGACCAAAAAAGCCAGCGAAACAGCCAACAGCUUCAGCGACGACAGCGAUGGCCUCGUUAAAAAGUCACGACAAACGGGUCCAAGGAGGAGAAUGCCCUGGGAGGAGACACCGGAGGUUCACGAGGAAGCGGAGCUCACCAUGACCGGUGCGCUGCCAGUCAACGAGGAAGCUCAAGCUCAGCCGACCGAGACUCGCACACCUGCAUCAAGCGCGUCGAAAAGGGCCCGAUCGACGAGGGGUAGCGCGCGGAGCUCUGCAAAAAAGGCAUCACCAAACGAGAUCGCGCCACCCCAGCAAGACGUCGAAGCUGAAGAGGACAGUGGCUUCGGCGACUUGACAUUCUCCUCCCUGGGCUCAAAUUCACCUGCUCACGGUACACGCCCGCCUUCUGCCAUCAAAGUCGGCGCAACGCCUGCACACGAACGAUCGGUAUUAGCCUUGACCAAUUUCAAGCGAAGAGCCCGCCAGCCAAGCUUAUUGCGCAUGGUACAGCAGACGGAUGUCGAAGACAACGACGACGACACUCUAGACAACACUGAUAACUUUGACUUUGACGAUUUUCUUCCCCAUGCCGAGUCGACACCACUCAAUGUGCGAAAGAACCGAACCGAGGAAGAGACACGAAAUGAUAGUGGCACUCAUGUCUCCAGCUCCGCUUCUCGCGGUACCAAGCGCAAGUUGUCUCCUGCAGUCGUCCAGGUGCCACGUUCGUCACCACCGGGCAGUCCACUGUCUGAAAGGGACAUUGAAGUAGAAAGGUCUCCUUCUCCUAGCUUACCGGAAGUACUACCGUCACAAGAACAAAUCAUAGGGCAAACUCAGGAAGACGAGGAGCCCAUGAGUGAAACACUAGCACCUCCAAUGUCAAGCAGUACGAUAGGUGAAGAAUCAGAGCUCCCAUCUCCAGCACAGACGCGACCACGCAGAAGAGGAAGGCAGUCAAAGACGCCUGUGAGAUACAAUGAAUCCGAGGCCGAAGAGACGGAGACACCAGCAAAAGCCAAGCGAGGAGCCAAGAAGAAGGCAGAGCAAAAGAUAUCCACUGCACAACUCAAAGACCUGCUGCCCCGCCGACGCAAUCGCUAUCGGGAUCGUGAUGAGUUUGAUGUCGUGUCUUCGGACGACAUUGAACAAGUUGACUCAGACGAGGACGAACUGCAAAUGCCAGAGCGGCGGGUUCGUCAACGACAAGCGGCAGGAAAGCUCGCAUCACCAAAAGCGACAAAGAAGCCUACCCGCGGGAAGAAGGCAGCAUCCAAAGCCGCGCAAAAGGCAAGCAAAACCUAUAGUCGAAGAAUCUCGUCGGACAAGGAGAACGACAAGGCAGGUCAGGGUGAUGCCGAAACUACCGAAGUCUCCGCAAUUGAGCAUUCAGAGAAGCUAGAAGCCAUCCGCAAGAAGUUUGCAGAAGUGGAUGCCUUUGAGCUAGAGUUUGAAGAUGUGACUGCAACGACAAGCUCGAGUCCUUUUCGAUGA